UUGAACAUCAUCAACCUCCUCAUCCCACACGCACAGCGACAACGCACCACCCUCCGCCGUACACAACCGCCCUGGUUCACUUUGAUAACAGACAGGACGACUGAUUGAUCAAAGUUUCUGACCACCGCCCUUCCACGCAUCACCCACCGCAACCGCCCGCGCCGCGCCGCCUCGCCGCUUCCCCGCCGCAACCAUGGAUCACAGACCGAUGGCAUGGGGUCGUCCCAGAGAUGACGUUUACGGCGCCUACGAUGCCUCCUACAUGCAGCACAACGGCCCCACGACACACACACAGUCUCCCGUCGUCACGGGUACCUCAGUGCUGGGUCUCAAGUUCAAGGACGGCGUCGUCAUCGCUGCGGAUAACCUAGCGUCCUACGGCUCUCUCGCUCGCUUCACCGACGUGAAGCGCAUCCGCACCUUCGCAGACACCUCCGUCAUCGGCUUUGGCGGCGACGUCUCGGACAUGCAGUAUCUGGACCGCCACCUGACCGAGCUCGCCAUCGACGAGGCCUACACGAGCCAGCCGGACAAGCACACCCUCAACGCCCGCAACCUGCACAAGUACCUCUCCAAGCUCCUCUACCACCGCCGGACAAAGAUGGACCCCCUCUGGAACCACCUGCUCGUCGCGGGGCUCGACGAGGACGACAAGCCCUUCCUCGCCGCCGCCGACCUGCUGGGCACCACCUUCACCUCGCCCAGCUUGGCCACGGGCUUUGGCGCCAUGCUCGCCCAGCCCAUCAUGCGCAAGUACGCCCCCGACGAGGAGUCGGCCGCCCGGCUCACCCGCGAGGAGGCAGAAAAGGUCAUCCGCGAGUGCAUGAAGGUCCUCUACUACCGCGACGCCAGGUCGCUCGACAGCUUCUCCAUCGCCGUCGUCACAAAGGCCGGCAUCGAGCUCAAGGAGAACGAGAAGCUCGAGAAGCAGAGCUGGGCGUUUGCCGACCGCAUCAAGGGCUACGGGACGCAGACUGUAUAAAGAUACGGCCCAUAUCUACGUUCGGAAACAUUGGUAGUGGUAACUUCGGGCUACGUGUGGUUUCUCGACAUCAGGGACACACAUACCUUGGUAGUAGCAUUUAGAGUCAAUACCAUCCAAAGAGAGCGUGAUUUGAUGACUGCGAAA